ACCUCGGAUCGUGGGGGACGGAGCGCACCUCCUCCUCCUCCUCCUCCUCCUCACCCGCUCCCUGUCGGGUUAAAGUCAAACAUGAUCCGCGAGCGUUUUCCCGGGAAAGCGGUCCUGUAGCGCGCACACGCACGCGCCGGCAUCAUUUGUCGGUGCMGCUCAGAGAGAGGAGCUGCUCCAUCCGGCGGGCUGCAGGAUGCGGAUCACUCCGAGCAUGGCGGAUGGAGCGGCUGCGGCCUGAUGUGUGAGGCGUGUUCCAGGCGUGUUCUUGGCGUGUUAUGUGAGCAGAGGUGUUUUCCCACCUCGCUGGUGGUGGGAAGAGAUGCUGCGCUGUGUUGCCAUGACAGCGGAGGUGCUCUUCUUCCUGGCGGUCCCGCUGAGCGGCGUUCUGUGUAACCCCGUGGCGACCUCGCCGGUCAGCAGGGACCGCCUAGAGCGGGUGCUGACCCAAGCCCGGGGGGACAGGCAGCAACAUAAGCAGACCCCCGAGGACAGGAACAGGACUGCCCCUGGUCUGGGCAGGCCAGACCUCGGUCCCCUGAACCAAGGAGCCAAAGACAGGAAGCCCCUCCCCUCCCUGAGCGAGCAGGACGUCCUGCCGGACGAGGGUCCGACCAGCGACGUGUCCCUGUCGCUGGACGCCAUCGACGAGUACGCCUACCCCGACUACCGAGGCAAAGGCUGCAUGGACGAGAGCGGCUUCGUCUUCGCCAUCGGCGAGCAGUUCACCCCCGGCCCCUCCGCCUGCCCCUGCCUCUGCACGGACGAGGGGCCCCUGUGCRCCAAACCUGAGUGCCCCCGGGUCCACCCCCGCUGCAUCAGGGUAGACACCAGCCAGUGCUGCCCGCUCUGCAGGGAGGAGAAGAACUACUGCGAGUUCAGAGGGAGGAGCUACGCCUCGCUGGAGGAGUUCAAGGUGUCUCCAUGUGAGAAGUGCCGCUGCGAGCCCAGCGGGGAGGUUCUGUGUUCCGUGGCGGCCUGUCCUCAGACGGAGUGCGUGGACCCGGAGUACGAGCCGGACCAGUGCUGUCCCAUCUGUAAGAGCG